AUGUUAGAAUUGGAGGGUUUGCGUGUCUGUCAUCUUAAUGUGAACUCUCUCAGAGCUCACAUUGAGAGAGUCAGGCUUUUCCUGGAAUCUCGUCCUCCAUUUCAUGUUAUCGCCAUGUCAAAGACUAAACUUUGCCCUCCUAUUGAUGACGAUGUCGUUUCGCUGGAAGGCUAUAGGCUCUUCAGGCGUGAUCGCAAUAUGCGUGGUGGCGGGGUAGCUCUUUUCAUCAAUAACUGCUUCAGGGUCACAGUUCUCGCAUCCUCCUCCCAUGUGUGGACUAAACGACCUGGCUUCCCCGAGUAUCUGUUCUGUGAAAUCUCCUGUCAUGGUGUCUUUCCAGUCUUUGUUGCAGUGGUAUACAGGCCGCCACAUGCUCCUUUCUUCCAGGGUAAUGACUUUAUCCCCUCUCUGCAGGGGUUUCUUCAGGAUUAUAGCUCCAAGGUCAUCCUUGGGGAUUUCAAUGCCGAUCAGCUGUCCAUGAGCAACCCUGAUACGGCUCUGGUGCGUUCGCUUUACUCCGAUUUUUCUUUGAGCCUUGUGCCGCACGGAGCCACUUAUCAUACUCAUGGCUCAGACUCCUGGCUUGAUCUGUGCCUGAUUGAUCAUGAUGACACGCUUCUAUCCUACUGGAAGACAGAGGCCCCCUUUGUGGAUGGUCACGAUCUUAUCACUGCCACAAUACAGGCUAUCCUGCCUCGCCCAUAUGUGAGUAAGGACUUCACUUACAGGGAUUUUGCCGCUCUGCAUCUUGAUUUGCUAUUGUCGCAGCUUGCUGGGAGUGACUGGUCGGUGUUCGAUGCCCUGUCGUCUCCAGACGAAAUGACUGCAUGUCUGGGCGGUAAUCUUGGCGUCGCCAUGGACGCUGCUGUCCCGCUCAAGACGGUAAGGAAGUCCUCGAAGCGCAAGCCGUGGGUUACUGACGGGAUCGUUGCUCUUGUAGCGGAGAGAGAUCGCCUGUACCGUGUGUACCAACGUACUCACUCUCAUCAAGCACUCUUAACCUAUCGCACGGCUCGUGAUCGUGCUCAUCGUGAGGUUGAGGCGGCACGUCAACUUUUCUUCGAGCGAAUUCUGGAGCCUCUCUCUGACCCUUUGCUUAUCUGGAAGGAGCUCAGAAGGCUUGGUGUGGUGACUGGGAAUGACUCAACACCAGAUUUCGAUCCUGAUGUCUUGAAUCAUUGCUUUGCUGGAGUGUUCUUUGACGAGACGGAGCCUUCGCUGGAUGGGUUCUUGGACUCGGCUGAGCUUGGGGCCAUCCCUCCUGCCGUGGGUUUCUCCUUCAGGCCUGUCACUGCUGAUGAGGUACAGAAGGCUGUUCGACACUUCUCUACCGAAGCUAAAGGGACUGAUGGUGUUCCCCGGUCGGUUGUCCUGCUGAUUCUAACACCUGAUCUAGUGAUGUUCUUUAACAGCUUUUUCGCUCUGUCUUGCUUUCCCUCUGAGUGGAGGAGGUUCCUUAUUGUUGCGCUUGGCAAGGUGAAAAAGCCUGUGUCACGUAAUGACUUCAGGCCGAUUGCCUUGCUCUGUUUCCUCUCCAAGGUGCUGGAGAAACUUUCUUCCCAGCAAAUCUCCGGCUUCCUUGCUGAGCGCUUCAUUUUGGACUCCCUGCAGACGGGCUUUCGUCCAUUCAAUGGGACGCAGACGGUGCUAUUGAAACUGGCAGACGACAUUAGGACAGGUAUUGACAGACGGCAGCUGACGAUGCUGCUGUUAUUCGACGUCAGCAAGGCGUUCGAUUCCGUUUGUCAUGUGUUGCUGCUGCGGAAGCUGUUAGGCUAUGGCUUCUCAGCUUCUUCAGUGAGGUGGCUUACAUCAUAUCUGGGUGGUCAUUCGCAGGCUACACUAGGCGGGGCGAGUGGGUGUUCAUCCUUCUGUCAUCUGAACAGGGGAGUUCCGCAGGGAUCUGUUCUAGGUUCUCUGCUUUUUCUCCUGUUCAUUAAUGAUGUGGGUGUAAACUUAGGGCCUGGAGUUCGGCAUCUGAUAUAUGCUGAUGAUCUCCAGAUUUAUCUGACCUUUCCAUGUGAGGAGUUAGAGGAUGCCAUUCGCCGCAUGAGCAACGCUGCUAACCGUGUGACAGAGUUGGCUAAUGCAAAUUGGCUGAAGCUGGAUGUGGCGAAGACGAAAGCCAUUAUUUUUGGCUCUAAUGUCUUCGUUAACUAUGUCUAUUCCUUGCCUGAUUUGUCUGUCAACGUUGGUGGCUAUGCAAUUCCGUUUGAUACUUCCGUGCGCAGCCUGGGAGUGGUUCUGGAUAACAAGCUCUCUUGGAAGGGACAUGUGGCGUAUGUGACGCAGAGGGUUCACUCUGUCAUGUACCGCCUUCGGUUCUUUAGAGCCAGUACCACUCUAGGUCUGCGUAAACACCUCAUUCAGGCUUUGGUGUUCCCCCUGAUCGAUUACUGCUGUCUCGUGUAUGAUGGCCUGUCUGAUGUACUUGCUACUGUGAUUCAGCGUCUCAUCAAUAUGACGGUUAGAUACAUCUUUGGGGCAAGGAGAGACGAGCACAUCACUCCCUAUCAUCUGCGGCUUGGCUGGACGACGUGUGAAGUGCGCAGGAAGUACUUCCUCGCCUGCCUCACUUACAAGAUCCUCCGCUUUGGUCAGCCGGUCUAUCUGGCUGACUUUUUUUGUGGCCAGUCGGGUGGUGCGACCGGUGUUGGGUGA